GUCCAUAAAGAAGAUAACCUUUGAAUCUACAUGAAACAGAGGAACACAACACAACAAUAAUGGCCUCUCACUUCUUCACACCGUCACCAACACCAACCGCCACAGGUGACGCCGUUUAUGUAGCGACGGUGCCGCUUAAAGCGUCCCCUGGCCCACCUCAGCUUAUUAUGUCUAUGGCUUACUCACUUAACCUCUGGAAACUACAGCAUUUCAUGGUCCUCAUCAAACCUUCUUCUCCUAUUCCUCAGGAGGUAAUUGUGUUUGAUUUUCAGCCACGUAAUCCAGAGAGCAUAGAAGCAGCAAUCUCAGUUUUGUCAGGAAAUUUGAUUCCAGGUGUAGUUCUUGCAAGAAGGCUGAAGAAUGUUCCAAGGCAAAGAUGUUGGAUGGUUGGAUCAUCUAAAGGGAAUGCUAUGGAAAUGGCGAUUGAGUUUAAUAACUCAUGGGAGACUGAUCUUAGAGUUGGCUUUCAUGACUGCCGUCAUUAUACUAAUGAACUUGUCCAACAUCUUACCGGCGAAAUACAAAUCUUGGAGCGACUUCCACGAAGCUAAUGUUAAUAAUAUCCACCUGAGUCAUAGAUGAAACAAUGGUCACUUAUUGUAGUACUUUAUUCAAAUUUCUGCUUGUAACUUGUAAGUAACUAAUGAAAAGUUUUGAGCCAAAACAAGAGCCAAUG